GCAAAGGUGACCGAGCUGUCAGCGGACAAUGAUGCUUUCUUGAUUCAAGCGCGUGAGAUCCUUCAGAAGUUCCAAGAGCGGGAGAUUAAUCGCAAAAAGGGUAACUUUUCCCAAGUGGAGGUGGUGGAUGAUGAGUCAAAAAGGUCACCGGCACCAAAAAGUGAUCCACCACCAAAGCUGCCUGUGCGUGGUAGUGCUGCAGCUAUAGUGAAGCAGAAACUGCAAAAGCCUCCUGAUCCACGAUCUGUUGUCAAGCCGAAGGCGAUGCCCCAACAACCGCCUGCACAGAAGGGGAAGGCCCGUGCCACUCCUGCUGAUGCAGUGCCACCGCCAGAUGCAGCUGUCAGUGGCCUGAAGCGCAAGAAUCAGCGUGAGCCCUCAGUGUACGAUCUGUUGGAGUUCUUUGCUGGAUGUGGAGCGCUCACGGAUGAAGCUCGAUGCAGCGGCUACCGCACGGCCAGUGUGGACAUCAAGUAU